AUGUCAUUAAGUGCUCUUUACGAUUAUCAUACUGUGCUUGCCAUGGGGAUAGCGGUAUUAUGCUUGGCACAUAUGUUAUCCAGUACUUGCCGCUUUUAUGUCAGGCUUGUAACGUAUCAUGCAGUUAUUUUCAUGUGUGCUGCGUAUUUAAUUUUAUUGGCUUGCAUCAAACCUGGCAACAUCAAUAACUACUUCUUAGCUAAAUAUUGUGGAGUACCACUGUUCUGGUUGGUCAGCCCUAUCUUACAAGUCGGUGUUCGCGUACGUGGUCUAGAACACCUCUACAAAUGCUCCAGUCCGUAUAUAAUAGCGUGCAAUCACCAAAGCUCGCUGGACUUAUAUCCAUUAUUCCGAAUUCUUCCACCUAGAACCGUUACAUUAGCGAAGAAAGCUUUACUUUAUGUGCCGGUAUUUGGCCAAGCUGCAUGGCUAAUACAAACAGUAUUCAUUGAUCGAAAAGACCAUGAUACUACCAUGCAAACAUUUAACAAGGUCAUCGAUGACAUGAAAAAGAAAAAGUUCAAUCUAUGGGUAUUCCCAGAAGGUACAAGAAACUUCAAGCAUGACGGUUUACUGCCGUUUAAGAAAGGGGCUUUUCAUCUAGCUGUUAAGGCUCAGAUUCCUAUAAUACCUAUUGUUAUAGCUCCAUAUAGUGAUUUUUAUAUCUACAAUGAAAAGAAACUAGAUAGAGUGUGUGAUAUGUACAUAACAGUAAUGGAACCUAUCGAAACAAAGGAUCUAACUAGCGAUGAUGUUACUAGAUUAGCGGAAGAUACUCGAGAAAAAAUGUUGAAAGUGCGAGGCGAAAAGAGAAUGUGA